AUGGGGGAGAAAAAUAAAGCGUUCCAAGGCGAUUUGCGCGCCGAGGACAUGCAAGUUGCCCCGGAAGAAAACAAGGAAGAGAACCAGGAAAAUCAGGAAAAUCAGGAAAACAAAAGUUCCAGCAGUAAAUCGUCGCUGACCUACAUCUUCAUCGGCGUCGUAGCAGCAGCCCGAAUCGCCCAUGGGCUCGGCAAUGUGGUUGGAGCGAUCGCAGCUGGCAUCAUUUUUCCGAGGCUUCCGUCCGGAAAGGUCAAAUUGCUCACUAUCGGUGGCACGCUACUGUUCAACGGGGCGUUUAUGGCUGUCAUGCCCUUCGUGACGGAACUCUGGCUGCUCGGAACUGUGGCCUUUGCUACCACGCUCACGAGUUCUUAUUUCAACACGGGCUUGGAGUCGCUUUCGCUGAACAUCUUCGGCGUUGGCGGAUCAACUUGGGUCAUCGCCAUCUACCACGCGUUCUUCACUAUUGGAGGCUUUUUGGCGCCCCUGCUCGUUCAGGUUUUCAAGUCCAAUGAUCCCCUCAAGGAAUGCGUCACCGGCGGCGACAACUUCACCGACUACGGCAAGAACUACUCUUCAGGCAAUCACUUCGACCUCAUCGAUGAAGACGUCCUCCCACCAUAUCUGAUCGUCGGUGCAAUCGUCCUCGCCAGUGGAAUAUUCACCUGUGUUUGCGCCGUCUGGAAGCUCAUAGAAAAACUGACCACUGCCAAACAUGACGAGGUCGAUUUGCGCGGAGAAGAUCCCUGGCAAAAACUCCUUCUUUUCUUCAUGUUCACGAUGCUUAUUCACGCUUGCUGCGGAAACGCCGAUACCAUCUUCCAGUCGUACAUCUACUACUACGCACUUUGCGCGGAAGCGUUCGACUGGGAUCCCGUAAAAGCCAACUACAUCAACAUGAUCUUCUGGGCUGCCUUUAUCGUCGGAAGAUUCAGCGGAACGUACGUUGCUAGAAAGCUAAAACCGACCUUUUUGAUCUUGAUUUAUUUCACUGGCUCUACAAUCGGAAUCAGUUUGAUUCUCGGAGUGGACGGCAAUGCCGGCGGAAGUUCAAACGACGCAAUUUUAUACACAGCUACUGUCAUUUACGGACUGUUCGUUUCUCAAGUCUACGCCAGCUCCACCAGUCUCUGCAACAGCUUUACUAAUCUCGGCCUCACCUACGUCUUCAUCAACAAUCUCGGCUCCUCGAUCGGCACCAUGAUUGCUCCAACAGUCACUGGAAAUUACAUCGAAGAGUCGCCGAUUUCAUUCGCCUGGGCGUGUUUCGUCUUCUGCACGGGCGGUCUUUUCUUUGAAGUCUUUGUCCAUCUCGAAGGGUUUAGGAUCAUGGAUGGCACUUCCUACGCAACUACGAUGAAGGCAUUCUUCCGCUGCUCGUUUCCAGUAGAAGGCUUUGGAGAAGCAGCGCAAAAGCCAAGCGAAGAGGUUUCCCCUGAAAUCAAGGAAGAGAACAAAGCUGAAAAAUACGACGCGGCGGAUGACGAAGCGGAAUUUUAG